UAUGAUAUGUCAUGGACUAGUCUCCUCUUCAGAAACUUUAAAACAUAUUAAUUUGAGAAAAAGUGAUUUAAAUCCUCAGGCAGCUGAGCAGUUUGGAAAAUUGUUUGCAUGCUGUCCAUCAUUAGAAAGUAUUGAUUUAUCAGAGAAUGAAAAUAUGGGCUGUGAAUUUAAAAUGAUAUGUGAUGGACUAAAAUUUUCUUGCAACACAUUAAAACAAAUUCAAUUGAGAAAAUGUGAUUUAUAUUAUGAACAAGCUAAUUAUUUGGGAAAUUUAAUUAGUUCCUGUUCAUUAUUAAACAAUAUUGAUUUAUCAGAGAAUCAAAACAUGGGUUAUGAAUUUAAAAUGAUGUGUGAUGGACUAAAAUCUUCUUCUCAAACAUUAAAGCAAAUUCAGUUGAGAAAAUGUGAUUUAAAUUAUGAACAAGCUAAAUACUUAGGAAAUAUGUUUAGAGUCUGUUCAUCAUUAGAAAAUAUUGAUUUAUCAGAGAACCAAAGCAUGGGUUAUGAAUUUAAAAUGAUAUGUGAUGGACUAAAAUCUUCUUCUGAAACAUUAAACCAAAUUCAGUUGAGAAAAUGUGGUUUAAAUUAUGAACAAGCUAAAUAUUUGGGAAAUUUGUUAAGCUUCUGUUCAUCAUUAGAAAAUAUUGAUUUAUCAGAGAAUCAAAACAUGGGUUAUGAAUUUAAAAUGAUAUGCAAUGGACUAAAAUCUUCUUGCAACACUUUAAAACAAGUUCAAUUGAGAAAAUGUGAUUUUAAUUUUCAGGCAGCUGAAUGUUUAGCAAAGACAUUUAGAUGGUGUUCAAAAAUAGAAUAUAUUGAUUUGUCACAGAAUCAGAGUAUGGGGUAUGGGCUUAAAAAGAUAUUUUAUAGACAAAAUUAUUCAUUUAUGUGCCUAAAAGCAGUUGACCUUAGAAGGUGUGUUUUAAAUAAGGAACAAGCUAAAUAUCUUGGAGAAACACUUAAACAGUGUUUCUUAUUAGAAGUGGUUGAUUUAUCUGAGAAUGAAAGCAUGAGAUCCGGAUUUAAAAUGAUAUGUGAGGGACUCAAGUCUUCAUUAGCCAAUUUAAAACAAAUUAUGUUAAUCUCUUGUUGUUUGAAUUUUAAGCAAGUGGAACAUCUUGGAAAAUUCCUUAGCAUGUGCUCAUCAAUUGAAGUUAUCAAUGUAUCUAAGAAUCAAACUAUGGGAAAAAGAUUCGAAGCCCUGUGUGAAGGACUAAAAUCUUCUUUCAGAACUUUAAAACAAAUUAGCUUUUCCUCUUGUGAUUUGAGUUGUAGACAAACUGAAUGUCUGGGAAAAACAUUAAGAAAGUUUUUAUCAUUAGAAGUAAUUGAUUUGUCAGAUAACCAAAGUGUGGGGUAUAAAUUUGAAAGUAUAUUUGAAGGAGUCAAAUCUUCCUCAACCUCAUUAAAAUGUAUAGAUUUGAGAAAAUGCAAUUUAAAUUAUAGCCAAACUAUUAGCUUAAAAAAGACAUUUAAACAUUAUUCAACAUUGAAAAUACUUGAUUCACCUCUGAAUGAAGGUACAGAAAUGUUUUUUAAAAUAUGUUUUGGUCUUAAAUCUUCCUUAAAUACUUUAAAACGUAUUGACUUGCCAUCUUGCAAUUUAAAUACUCACCAAGCCGAUUAUAUUGGAGAAAUAUUUAAACUGUGUUUUCUAUUAAGAGUCAUAAAUUUAAGUUCAAAUGUAACAAUGGGAAGAGGAUUUAAAAAUAUAUGUCAUGGACUCAAAACUUCUUCAAAGAAUUUAAGAGAAAUUUCAUUGAACAAUUGUGAUUUAACCUUUAAUCAAGCAGAAUGGUUAGGAGAAAUAUUUAGGCAUUGUUCAUCAUUAGAAUUGAUUAAUUUAUCAAGGAAUCCAAAUAUGGGAAAUGGAGUUAUGAUGAUAUGUGAUGGACUCAAAAAUUCUUUAAAAACUUUAAAACAAAUUGAUUUGAAGCAAUGUGACUUGAAUGAUAACCAAAUAUUACAUUCAAACUAUUUAUUUGGAACCAUUGUUAGUUUUAACAUUUCAACCAUUAAAAACAGAGCUAUACUGGAUUAUGAUUUUAUCAAUCCUUCUUUACAAACUCUUAGAGGAUGUUCCAUUUAUUCCUCUGAUUCUUGUCCUCAAUCAAGUUUACCAUUUAAAAAAGCUUUUCCAACAACAAUUUAUAGAUCUAAGAGUGUUGAUAUUGGUGUUGAACUUGGAUUUUAUGCUGAUGAACUAAAAUCACAGAAACAUAUGUUUGAUAUUAAUUUUGAAACAUCAAAUACAAAUAAGAACCAAAGCAGGAUGACUGAAAGUCUUUUGAAAAAUUGUAUCAAAGGAUCUAUUCAUUUUGAAAUUCCUGGCAUUGAUAUAUCUAAAUUUGAAUCCAGUGUUACUCUAAAAAUAGAAAAUACUAAGGGUGGAACUUCAACGAGUUUAUUUGAUAAUUUCAUUUGCUAUAAAGAAAUAGGAAAAAAAUUAGAUAAAGAUGAAAAUGAUGAUAAAUGCCCAAAGAAUUUUAUUACAUUUACAGAAAAAAAUAAAAAUCAAGUUAGUUUACCCUUUUCUUUUGUAAGUGAAAGUUUUUUAGAGGAUCCUGAACUAUUGAAACAAAUUGAUGAUUCGGUUUUAGGAAGGCAUAAAGCUAUAAUUAUUGUUAUCACAGAGAACAGGGAGGUUGGAACAAGGACUGAUUUACUCAAUCUUUAUGCAGUUUUUAGCAGUUUAAAUUAUGAAAUAGAAGAAUGGAAAGAUGUUAAUAAAAAAGAAUUAUUAAAAAAAAUUAGACAUUUGAAAGUGAUAGAAGAGCGGAACAAAGAUAACUUAAUUAAAUCUUUAAUUGUGGUUAUUCUAGCUCAUGGAAUAAAUGAUCAUAUUAUACUAGAAAAUGAUAAAAUAUCAUUUGAAGAUGUAUUAUGCCAAUUUGAUGCUGAUUCUUUUCCAAUACUUACAGAUAUUCCAAAAAUAUUUAUUUUUCAAGCUUGUAGAAAAAAAGAAUCAUCCAGAGCAAUAGUAGACCAAGGCAAUUCCAGACCCCUUCAAACAGAUGCUUCACCUACUUCAGUUCAAAAUUAUCUUCCUUUACAAGAACCAAAAAAGGUGCAAUUUCAUGAAAUGUAUUCAACUCUUAAAGGAGAAGCAGCUUACAGAACUAAGAGUGGCAGUAUUUAUAUUAGGGGAUUCAUUCUAGCUAUGUGCUAUUUACAAGAAAGCCGUUUGAGAACUAUCCAACAAGUUACAAAAUAUGUAAACUUUUGGGCAAAUCAAUCUACAGAAAACAUGAUACCUAACCAAGUUCCAAUUAGAACAGAAACUCUUUCAAAGGAUUACUUUUUCUUUCCACAAAAAAAUGAAGGUCAAAAACAAAGUUGA